UUUCUUUAUCAGGGGAGUGCAGAGUAGGCAUACGGCUACGCCUAAGAAAAAAAUAAGAUGACCAAAGGAGAAUAUUUCCAGUGAUAAACAGACGAAAACGAAAAUAACAUAGCAACUACAGGAAAUGAAGGAAUGGAUUUAUUUUCUGUACUAACUCUACUUUAUUUUGUUACGGCGGUAUGUGCAGGUACUCACUCCCUGUGGUACUUUAUCACAAUUACUACUGGCCCAAGCCCCUUUCCAGAGAUUGUUAUGGUGGGCAUGGUGGAUGAUGUUCCAGUGGAGUACUACGACAGCAUUGAUAGGAUGGUGACCCCACGGCAGCACUGGCACAAGGAAAAUGAAGUCUACGCAAAGUGGAAACGAGUGGCCAUCACACGCACCUCUCACAGCCUCAAAAACAGAUUUCAACACAUGAUGGAGCAUUUUAAUCACAGUGUUAGAUUCCACACAUACCAGAGAAUUGCCGGGUGUGAGCUGGAUGAUGACGGCACAGAGAGGUUCCAAGCGAAGGACUCCUACAAUGGGAUGGAUGUGCUCAUUUUUGAUGUUCAGGCUAGUGCCUGGAGUUCUGGUGUCCCAGAAAUAUGGAAGGACUUUUGGCUGAUAGAAUCCAAGAAAGGGAUAUUUGACCAGUUUUAUCAAACUGCGUGCAUAUACAUUUUAAAGAGCUACCUUCAUCAUGAAAGAAGUAUACUGAAACGGAGAGUGAGCCCCAGGAUUAGAGUUUUGCGGAAACAAGUUGGCGGUGCUGGUGGGGUAGAGGUAACCUGUCUGGCAACAGGAUUCUAUCCCCGACACAUCGAGCUGACCUUGAAGAGGGAUAACCAGCCUGUUCCGGAGCAGGAGCUGAUCAGAGGGGAUAUUCUGCCAAAUGGAGACGGGACGUACCAACUGAGGAUGAGCCUGAGCGUCAGUGCCGAAGAGCUGAGAGAGGGACACCGCUACACCUGUAGUGUUAGACAUGUCAGCAUGGACAACAAGCUGGACAUUGCCUGGGACUCACAGCCAAAGCCAGACAUUGCGCUGAUUUCAGGAGCAUCGGUCACAGCUCUGGCCGCAGUUCUGCUCAUCCUCACUGGCAUCUUCGUCUUGAAGAAGAGAAAGAGCAAGGUGCCAGGAUGCAGCAGGUCUCGGAAGAUUGAGGAAGAGGUGGAAAGGAUGCAUGCUGCUGAAGGGGUGGUGAAGGAUGCAGAAGAACUUUUAGAGAUGGAAAGACAGGAAGACUGAAAGGAAGCUAGAAAAAUGGCCGGCAGAUGCACAUACUAAAGCGAAGGGGGUCUUCCAAGUCUUCCUGUUCAACCCCUGCAUUGCACUUUUACAGUCUUCUUUUAUGAGGGCCCAUUACCCAGGAUUACUUUCAUAGCUUAAAUUGCACAUUUUUUAGUGAAUACACACUAUCAAAAUUUGAACUCCUUUUCAUAUUUGAUCUCUGCCUCACCAAGAAACAAUCCUUUCAAGCGUACAUGCUUGAGGAUACUUUUUUUUUUUUUUUGAGAACAGCGAUCUACAGUGCUGUGAAAAAGUAUUUUCCUGAGUUCCUUUAUUGUUCAUAUUUGUCACCCUGAAUGGUUUCAGAUAUUUAGACAAAAUGUAAUAUUAUACAAAGGGAAACUGAGUGAACACAAAACACUGUUUGUUAAAUAUUUAAUGAAAAAUAAUCUAACAUCCAUAUCAUCCAUGUGUAGUAAUGAGAAGUUGAGAAACUUUAACGUGACCCUCUCACCAAACUCAGGAAAUAGUGGGGUUUUUCUUAUGUGUAGUGUACAGUUUACUCUGUGUUGCUGUUUCGUUAACUUGUUUUGAUUUUAAGAUUAUUUCUUUGGAAUAAUAUAUGUAUAAGAUAUAUCAAAAAAGGUUAGCAAUGUUUAGUGUGUGGUUAAUUAGUUAACAGUGCUUAAAUAUCUGCGGUGCUGUGAUAUUUUUUAAUUGUGGUUCACACGUUUGCAUGGCAACUGUUUGAUGUAAUCUUACUGAAUAUAUCCUAUUUAAAUCAGAUGCUGUCUUUUUAUAUCUAUUAAAAAAUACAAUUGUA